AUGGAUCCUCGGCGUGUGCUCGGCCUGUUGGCACGGCUGUACGAGGAGAUACUGCGCCAGGCCAUCAGCCUCGUCACAGCCGUGUCCAUAUGCAUGCUGACCGUGAGCGUGCUCGUACGGGUUUUGGAGAGCAGCCGCAACGACGACCUGAGGCUGGGCUACGUGCGUUAUCCGGACAAGGACGGGGAAGGAGGAGGCGACGAGGAGCCCGUCAUGCUGAUGAGCUCAUUUGCGAACGCCUUCAGCUUCCUCUCAGUCAUCAUGAUCGUCAACUGCACAAUGGUGCUGCUCUACAAGGGUGGCCACUACCGAAUCAUACAGGCUUGGCUUAUGGGUGGCUCGGCCAUCUUGCUUUUCGCCACGGGCUACUACUACGGCGGCCGACUACUGUUCUACUUCAACUUUUCGGUGGACCACCUGACAUGGUCCUUCAUUACCUGGAACGUGGGCAUGGCGGGCAUCGCGGCGCUCUACUUCGAGGGGCCGUUUCUGAUGCAGCAAGGAUAUCUGAUAUACACGUCCGUGCUCAUGGCCCUUACCAUUGAGGAGUCCCUUCCAGAGUGGACCUCCUGGACAUUGCUUGUACUGAUCUCCAUCUGGGACGUAUUCGCUGUGCUCUGUCGUAACCGACGCGACAGACCCGCGUACACCACCGACACUGCAAGACGAUACACGUACCAGGCACCCGCAGAUGGCCUGCCCAGGGAUCGAGGCAUGAAGAUGGGCCUGGGUGACUUCAUCUUCUACAGUGUCCUUGUGGGCGAAGCUUCGAGGCGUGGCAGCGCUGUCACUGUAGUCGCCUGCUACGUGUCCAUAAUAGUGGGCAUCUUUCUCACGCUCACCUUACUGGUGGUGUUGCAGAAGCCUCUGCCAGCGCUGCCUCUGUCGAUCAGCCUGGGCAUGUUAGCCUAUUUUUCAAGUGUCUCCCUCACCGAACCAUUCCUCGACGCUGUGGGAUCCUUGGCGCUUUAG